AGCUAGAACCAAAACAAUACUUCCAGAACAUUAAGCCCAUGAUUGGUCGACUAGCUAGCCAAUAACAAUGAGCAACGAAUACGUCCUUGAUGAGUCAAACCCAUUGAGAUUGAAAAGAGCCAAAAUUGAUCAAGAUGAUGAAGAGGAAGAUUAUAAUGAUGAUUCAUCUGAUGAAGACUAUGAAGGUGACGGUGCUGCUAAAUUAGAUGAUGAGAAAGAUGAUUCUGAUAGUGACAUGUUUGCAUCUGAUGGUGAAGAUGAGAAAGAAGCAACUACUGCUAAAAUAAAGAAACCUAAAGUCGAAUUUUUAGACGUUAAACAAUUCGAAAAGGAGCUUAAUGUCGGUCAAGAUGAGUUGAAAUUGAAGUCGCAAGAAGAUGAAGAUGAAAGUUUUGAUGAGGAAGAAGAAGAAGAACAGCUAAAAGCAGAUCAAGAGUAUUAUAUCGAUCAAGAGAAUGUGAGCUCGAGUAAAAGACCACCAAGAAAAAAACCAAAAUUGGAUGGCUUCAACUUGAAACAAGAGCAAAGUGAGGGUAGGUUUGAUGUUGAUGGUAAUUUUAUACGAGCUGGAGAUGAUGAUUCUGGUGAAGAAGAAGACAAUAAGUGGCUGAGUGGUGUCAAAAAGAAAGAUAUAAAAGAGGCGAAAUUGGCGCAAGAGAAACGGGAAAAGCUACAGAAGGAACGCAGAAGAAAUAAAGAAGCACUUUCGACUGAAGAAUUACUGUUCAGCUUAAUCAAUUCAUUACAACCAGUUGAAUCUCCAAUGGAAGCUCUUCAGAGGUUGAAUAAAGGUAAACCUAAAAAGAAGUCUAAAAAGCAAGAACCAACAAAAGAAGAGAAGGAGAUUGAAGAAGUUAGAAAAAGCACUGUAAUAAAAAUUACUGAAUAUUGCGAGAGUUUGCUUGAAAGUGGAAUUUCUGAUGUUUAUGAGCUGGAGAAAGAAGAUUUGAUGCAGAAGUAUAAAGAAGAAAGCGGUAAGCAAUAUGUUAGACCCAAAACACAAGAUGAAGAACCAAAUCAAACACCUGAAAAUCAUGUCUCUAAGCAGUGGGAAUUUCGCUGGGUUGGUGAUGAUAAAGUACACGGCCCUUAUGGUGCUCGUGAAAUGGAUUACUGGAAAGGUAAUUAUUUUCAAGAUAAGGUCGACGUGCGAGAGUUGGGGCAAUCUGAUUUCGUUCAUAUUACGCAGGUUUCAAGGUUUUAAAGUCCCAUGUUCAUUUAUUCGGCUAAAUAGUUUUCUAAUGGGAAGUUUAUAUCAUCAGCUAUUGCUUUGACAUAGGAAAAGUUCACAUUAAUUUUCCACCUUGUCUUUGCACUAAUAUAAUCAACGUUACUUGAUUUUAGAAGAAUCUUGAGUGAGGAUAAAUUGGAAAUUUGAGUGGUGAUAUCUAGAUUUGAAGGAAGUUUUUUGGCAUUUUCAAGGCUGUAAACGGCAUUUAAUAUUGCCAUUAAUCUUUCCAAAUCAAAUGGUGAUGGUUCCAAUAAUCUGGAAUUCAAUCUUGUUGCCGCAUACUUUGAUUGUCUAAAAUGUUGUUUUUUCUUAUGGAAGUCUUUU